CCGGCCCCGCCGCGCCGCUGCGCCCCGCCGGGAGGCGCCCCAGUGCCGGCAGCGCCGGGAGAUGCCGCGCGGGGACGCGGGGUAGAGCGGGGCACGCAGGUACGAGCCGGGGAACGGCGGGGGACGGCGAGCGGCGGAGCCGGGAGCGGAGCGAACGGAGCGAACGGAGCCGCGCUGAGCGUCCACCCCCCCCCAACUCCGCGCACGGACGGCGGCCCCGCUCCGCAACGCUCGGGCCAUGGCACCGCGGCUGCAGCCUGCGCCCGUCUGACCGCGGGCGGCCCGAUGCCCUGCGCCAGCGCUGUCCUCGUCUUGUCGUCUUUUUUUUGUUUCUUUUUUUUUCUUUUGAUUUCUUUUCCCUCCUUUGAUUUCCGUUUGGGAAAAGCUGCACUUUGACUCCUGACUGCUCUACCUCAGACCUGAGAGAAAAAAAACAAAAAAAAACAAAAACUCAUCGCUCUUCUCGGCGGUCUUUUCAUUCUCGCCGUUCGCAUUUUAUCUGAGCGCCGAUUUCUGCGUCUCGGCCUCAGCCGGGCCGGGCCCGGGACCCGCGGCCCUGGGACAGCGACCGACCGAAGGCUUUUCUCCCUCCCGUCCUUUUUCUUCCGCUUUUCCAAGGCUUUUUUUCCCCCUUUUUUAUUCCCAAUAAUAACAACAUACACACAUAAAAAAAACCCACAAAUCAAACCUACGCCGCCGUUGUCGUCUUUUUCUUUUUCUUUCGAUUUUUCGCUUGCCAUCUGGGACGCCGAUACCCCACUCUCAGAAAUAACCAAAGACAAUGGUUCACUGUGCGGGCUGCAAAAGGCCAAUCUUGGACCGGUUCUUGUUGAAUGUACUGGACAGGGCUUGGCAUGUGAAGUGUGUUCAGUGCUGUGAAUGUAAAUGCAAUUUGACAGAGAAAUGCUUUUCGCGAGAAGGCAAGCUUUACUGCAAAAACGACUUCUUUCGGUGUUUCGGGACCAAGUGUGCGGGCUGUGCCCAGGGCAUCUCCCCCAGCGACCUGGUCCGCAGGGCGCGGAGCAAAGUGUUCCACUUGAACUGUUUUACGUGUAUGAUGUGCAACAAGCAGCUCUCCACCGGCGAGGAGCUCUAUAUCAUAGACGAAAACAAGUUCGUCUGCAAAGAAGAUUACCUAAAUAACAGCAAUACUGCCAAAGAAAACAGCCUGCAUUCAGCUACCACCGGCAGUGACCCCAGCCUGUCCCCCGACUCCCAAGACCCCUCCCAGGACGACGCCAAGGACUCGGAAAGCGCCAACGUGUCCGACAAGGAGACGGGCAGCAACGAGAACGACGACCAGAACCUGGGGGCCAAACGGCGGGGGCCCCGCACCACCAUCAAAGCCAAACAGCUAGAGACUCUGAAGGCCGCCUUCGCGGCCACCCCCAAACCCACGCGGCACAUCAGGGAGCAGCUGGCGCAGGAGACCGGCCUCAACAUGCGCGUCAUCCAGGUGUGGUUCCAGAACCGCCGCUCCAAGGAGCGCCGCAUGAAGCAGCUGAGCGCGCUGGGCGCACGCCGGCACGCCUUCUUCCGCAGCCCGCGCAGGAUGCGGCCGCUGGUGGACCGCCUGGAGCCCGGCGAGCUGCUCCCCAACGGGCCCUUCUCCUUCUACGGAGAUUACCAGAGCGAGUACUACGGCCCCGGGGGCAACUACGAGUUCUUCCCGCAAGGCCCGCCCUCCUCGCAGGCGCAGACGCCGGUGGAGCUGCCGUUCGGGGCGGCGGGCGGACCGCCGGGCACACCGCUGGGCGCGUUGGAGCAUCCGCUGCCCGGGCAUCACCCGCCCGGAGAGGCGCAGCGCUUCCCCGACAUGCUGGCGCACCCCGCCGGGGACUCGCCCAGCCCCGAGCCCACCCUGCCCGGCUCCCUGCACUCCAUGUCCGCGGAAGUGUUCGGCCCCAGUCCUCCGUUCUCCUCGAUAUCCGUCAACGGCGGUGCUAACUACGGCAAUCACUUGUCACACCCACCAGAAAUGAACGAAGCGGCUGUGUGGUAGCUUUAAGCGAACUGGGUCUAAGUAAGUGAUGAUCAUCUAGUCUGCUUGUUGUUACGGUGUACAGAAAUGAGUAAAUCUAACAUCUCUCCCGCCCUAAGACAAUGUCACCUUGGGAACGAACUGCGCCCGGCGGCUCCGAGCGGAGCGUUGCUGCAGGGCGGGGGACGAUCCCGGUGUGCGUCUGUCACAGACACGGGGACCUGCGUGUGCCGUGACAAAGGAACUGGUGAAGCUGUACAGUAACGCGCUGCCGCGCCGUGGGAUGGCGUUGAGUGUGAUUAACCCCGUCGGAUGUCACCCCGAGAGCCACAAUCCUUAGAAACUCCUCAUUUAAAAACACACACACACACACAAAAAAAAAGCAAGGAUUGAAUGGCGGAAAGGUUGAAAGGAAAAAAGGGGGAAAAGCCGCAAGAGAACUCUGAGCGCUCCCGAUAAGGAUGGUUCUGGCGUUCCGCAUUUGUUUGUUCAUUUUUCUCUCUCAAAAAGUUCAACCACGAGAAACUCUUUAGCUCCAGCCAUUGCAGCCAUUGCAGCCUGCUGAGUACCAGGUGGGACAACUUUUCUUUCUCCUUUCUUGUUUCUUUUUUCCCUUUGUCGUUUGUUUGGUUGUGUUUGUUGUUUGUUUUUUCAGUUGUUGUUUUCUUCUUUUGUUUCCCUCCCCAAAUAACGAAUACUAAAUGUUGAGCCCUCGGCACCACCACCACCACCGACUCUUCUACCUUCACAAUGAUACACAUACAAAACCUCCUCAUCAUAGCAAAGGUCACCAACGGACCUCUAAGGCGAAUGACUUGAAAAGAAAAAAUAUAUAUACAAAAAAAAAACCCACAAAAAAAAAACAAAAAAAAAACGAACAUAAAGCAUUCUACCUUCACAAAGAGAGCAAAGCGAAACGAAAAGACUCUAUUGAACUAAAAACAGUCAACUGUUUACGUCUAACGUUAAAUUCAGGAGCUCGAUGUUUUACUAACAAAAUCCUGUUUUAGGACCUCUUGUUCGAAAGCAAAAUAUUUUGAGCAGCCAACCAAAAUAGUUCCUUUUCUUUUCUGUAGAUGUACAAAGCGAUCGCAGGGCUUGUGGUUCACUGUGCUAGUUUGUCAAAGGUGUUGUUUACAGAAGGCAAAGAGAAACCCGCGAAUCCCAGACCGUUGCCAAAUAAAGGGAAUCUAUAGCACAAAUACUGUCAGGUGCUCCGCACCAGCAACCCGGAGAGGCGUUUCCAAAUGUCACAAAGGUUAAAACCAGAACAGAACGAACAUCUUUGCUAAUUUUUAGUCCUGUUGAACAUUCAUGGAAUUGUUAAUAUGACUUAUAUAGACCCACACAGGUUUUAUUUUUGUGUCUUUAAAAUGAAAGUCCAAAAUAUUUAAAUUUUAUGGUCAAAUAUGCAGUCGACAGCUGCUACUUUUUUCUUUAUAUAUUAAAUUUCUCAUAUGUCUUUUAUUGUUCUAAUAAACCUAAGCUUGUGUGACCUCCAGUGCAUAUUAGACCAUUCACUGUAUGAAAGAAAACAUGUUGGAUAAAAUUUGUGCGUUUUUAAUAAAAUUAGAAAAUGGGAUGUUUA